UAGAAUACAGUCCGCAUGCUAAAACGACACCCUUUUAGCCCAUUGCUCCUGUCCUUUUGGGGUUUUCCCUAGCUUAAAUUGAACUGAUGAUUUAGGGUUUCUCAGACUUUGAGCACAAGCAGAGGGGCCGCGCCAUCAUCCGCCUCUUACCAUGGUUCUCAAGACUGAGCUUUGCCGCUUCAGCGGUGCCAAGAUUUACCCUGGCAAGGGUAUCAGAUUUGUUCGAUCUGAUUCUCAGGUUUUCCUUUUCGCCAAUUCAAAAUGCAAGAGGUACUUCCACAACCGCCUAAAGCCUUCAAAGCUUACCUGGACAGCCAUGUACAGGAAACAACACAAGAAGGACAUUGCAGCUGAGGCAGUUAAGAAGAAGCGCAGGACCACCAAGAAACCAUAUUCAAGGUCUAUAGUUGGUGCCACCUUGGAGGUCAUACAGAAGAGGAGGACUGAGAAGCCAGAGGUCCGAGAUGCUGCUCGGGAAGCUGCAUUACGUGAAAUCAAGGAGAGGAUCAAGAAAACUAAAGAUGAGAAAAAGGCAAAGAAAGCUGAGUUGAUGGCCAAAACACAAAAAACACAGGGCAAGGGCAAUGUGCCUAAGGGUGCUGCACCAAAGGGCCCCAAGCUUGGUGGUGGUGGUGGAAAGCGAUGAUUUUGUCAAAUCUGUUCAUUUCAUAUCUAUGAAGUAGCAUAAGCAGUUGAAAAUUUUCUGUUUCCAUUAUUUUCCUGUGUGGAUACUUUUAUCUUUGAGCAUUGUUGGCCAACCUUUUAGGGAUUUUCCUGUUUAUCUUUGAGCAUUGUUCUAUUUACUAAAAGGUUUUCCAAGGCAUUCUCUGUUGACUAAUAGCAUAGUCAUUUGUUCUGCAUCAA